CACAUCAACUCCUCCAAACGCAGAAAAAGUCCAGAAAGCUGUGAUUCCUCCUUUUAGCAGAAAAGCAAAAAAAAAAAAAAAGGGGAAAUAUGGCCCUAAAUCCUCAGUUAUUCCCAAAUGGUAUGCCGGUUCCUUUCACCAAUGAGAUGUUCGUUCUCGUCAGAGAUGGCGUUGAGUUCGAAGUAGACAAGAUCCCCGGAUCUCAGGGAGGUCGUGUUAAAGCAAGGGGCACAAUUUACUUGUCCAAUGUAAGGAUGGUCUUUGUUGCAAGUCAGCCUGUUGGGAAUUUCUUUGCUUUUGAUAUGCCUCUGCUUUAUGUGCAUGAUGAAAAGUUUAACCAGCCAAUAUUUCACUGCAACAACAUUUCUGGUCAUGUGGAGCCUGUAGUUCCAGAAAACGAGCAUAGGGCUCUCUACUCCACUCAUUCCUUGAAGAUUUUGUUCAAAGAAGGUGGCUGUGGAACCUUUGUUCCACUCUUCUUAAACUUGAUUUCCUCAGUUAGACAAUAUAAUCAACAAGUAAAUCCCGCACCACAACCUCAUAUGGAUCCUUUACAAGCAGCACAAACUCCUGUUGAUGAAAUGAUGAGACAUGCAUAUGUUGACCCUAACGAUCCAACCAGAAUCUUUUUACAACAGCCAACUACAGAGUCUCAGUUAAGGCGACGCACUUACCAAUCCCAUCCGGUUGAAGGCUCAAUGUGAUUUUGAUCUUAGCCUUUCAAGAUCAUAUUGUAAGAAACUUAAGCAAUGUUUAUUGUGUUGUGUAAUUAAUUGCUGCAUAAUGGCAUCACAUUAUGGUACUAUUUCAUUUUCUUUGUUGUCCCUUGUCUUUACCAGAAUGAGUGAAUAACAGUUGCUUGUUUUUGUACGUUUCAUGU